UCAGCUGUCAACCAUCAUUCCAACUUUGUGAGGAUAGUGUGGCGUGAGGCAUCCCUGCGCUGUCCGCAAAACCAGGCACUAUUCACGCUAACCGCUGAAGAAGUGCGAAAGGUGGCAUUAUCUCGGUACAAGAACGUCGGCUUCCAUAAUUCAGCGAUGGGACGUCGCCGCCGGGUGUACGCCGGUCUGCUGACCAGCCUGCUCGCAGCUGCCCUGCUACGACAAACAGAGGGCUGCUCGGAGCCGCUGGGUCUGAUGACGGGCGAGGUCGAGGACUGGCAGGUGGCCGCCAGCAGUACACUCACCUCCGACCCCAAGUGCAACACCAAGUACGCCCGGCUGCACGGGCCCAACGGCAAGGCCUGGUGCGCCGGCUACAAGAGGGAGGCCGAGUGGCUGCUCAUCGACCUGGGCGUUGAGGCCACGAUAUCAAGUGUGAUGAUCCAAGGUCGGGGGGACGGCAAGCAAUGGGUCACCAAGUUUGUCAUCUCCUACAGUGACGACGCAUACACCUGGAAAUUCACCAACGAUAUCUACGGAAAGAAAAAGACAUUCACUGGCAAUACGGACUCGCACUCCCUGCGUCAUCUGUACCUGGAUGAGCCAAUCACCGCUCGGUUCGUUCGGAUUCAUGUGAUGGAGUGGCACGGACACCCCAGCCUGAGGAUCGAGCUCAUCGGAUGCCAGGAGUGUCGUCAGCUGAUCAGCGUGCCUCCGCACGCCAAAGUGACGGCCUCCAGCUCUCCGCGGUGGAGAAGGAAGCGCUCCUGUCAGCCCGAGGACGGGGUCAUCUUCAGCAGCUCAGCCUGGUGCUCCAGGCACAAAAACAGGAACCAGUGGCUGCAGUUUGACUUUGGCCCUCCGAGAAAGGUGACCGGCAUCGUGACCCUGGGCAGGGGAGACGGCAGACGCAAGCGCUUCGUCACCCAGUACAGCCUAUCCUACAGCAACAACAGCGUCGUCUGGCAUUUCUACAAAGACGACAACCACCUCGACCCGAAGGUGUUUGCCGGCAACAUGGACACGGCGACGGAGCGUCGUCACUACCUGAACCAGCCGUUCGUGGCCAGCUACAUCCGGCUGCACCCGGUCGACUGGAGGAAGCAGAUCGCCAUGCGGGCCGGCGUGCUGGGCUGUCCGAACCGCGGCCUCUGCGGGCCCGGAUACAUCCGCGUCAACGAGGGAUCACCCUGCAUGGAGAACCUGGCGUACCAGCGUCCGACUUGGGUGAACGACAAGCGGCAGAGCUGGAAGGACUGGACGUACGGCAACUCCAAGCUGGCCGUGGACGGCGACGAGAGCCACCACCUCAACAAGUGCGCCAUCCUGGACAACUAUUACGUGGACAACCCCGUCUGGAUGGUCGACCUCGGGCGCAGACGGGAAAUCGAGGGAGUCGUGCUGGCGCUCUGGGACGGCAAGGGCGAAGACCAGUCGACCCAGUACCGCGACUACGUUCUCAACCUGGACAAACUGAGCGUCUACGUCAGCAACAAGCAGCACGUCGUGAACGCCGAGGAGGCUAGCAGCACCAAGUGCGACUACGUCACCAGGGACAACAACGCCCUGUUCCGGCCGCGCCUUCAGGUGCCCUGUCCGCAGCCACUGAGGGCGCGCUACGUCUACAUCAAGGCGUACGGCGUGCCCAACCGGUGGCGUAAGCUGUUUACGGCGAUCCUCUGUGAGGUGAUGGUGUACUAACGCGGUGGAUUUAGGAUCCAGCAGAGGAUGAUGGUCCGUAGGCAGACACCUAGUCACCCUCCGGUAGGGAGGGAUCGAAGGGAGCGAAAGGCACUUGUCCUCGUUCCAGUAGCGGCCGUUCGCUCAUCAUACCUCGUUCAGCAUCUGUAGUAGUUAUAUGGUCCACCAAUGGGUGUCUAUUUAAUUGGCAGCUUUGAGCGGACAUCCAGAACCGCUCCUCGCCUGGUUGUGGGCGAUAAAGUUGGAGUUAAUUCAGCCCCAACGUGCGACCACGAACCGGCUGGCGUUUCCUUGUGGCUCUCGUGUUGCUGUUGAACAUUGAUAUGUACUGCUCGUAAUAUGAUUUUGUCGCUGUGUAUAGGAUAAGGUAUACAAGGUCCAUUGAAUUACUAGCACUUUGCCGGCAUAGCGAAUCUCAGCUUGAUGUUACUAUGGCAUACUGCUCUUACGACUUCAAUAGUGCUAUGAUAGAAUAACUGCUCUUACGACUUCAAUAGUGCUAUGAUAGAAUAUCAUAGAAAUGCUGAAUAUUGUGCAA